AUGAUGGUUGGCGCGUCAGUGCCCGUGGACGGCGCGGUUUGCGCCGGAACGUGUGGAGCGGCAGGCGGGAGCGAGGAGGAUGGGGAACGAGGAGGAUGGGGAGCGAGGAGGAUGGGGACGAGGAGGAUGGGGAGCGAGGAGGAUGGGGAGCGAGAACGAGGCUUAGCCGUCAGUCUCUGGUCCGACGCCUGUUCACGGCGUCGCCUCACCUCUCUUUCCUCUUGCCCCUCUUUCCUCGCCCCUCGCCCCUCGCCCGCAACGGCAGUGGGCGUGCAGGUGGUGUCGCGCGACGUGGUCCGCCAGGUCCUUCUGCAGCCCCUCCGCGCGCGCUCCCGCGCCCCCCCUGCUGAUGCGGGGGGAACUGCAGGCGGAAGCAGCCGCGGCGAGCACGCAGGGGGGGGCGCGCGGCCAGAUGCGCUGGGGGGCGUGGGGAGGAACGGGGGAGCGGGGGAGGUGAUGGAGGGGGGGCGGGGGGAGGGUGUGGAGGGGUGGAUGCGCGAGUGGCGCGCGCUGGUGGUGAUCGACGCCUUCACCAUGCCACGUGUGGACUAUGACCCCCUCCGCAAACACUUCUCCAGGUCAACCCUCCCUGCUUCCCCCGCCCCUAAGCUGACCGUGUGUGUGUGGUGGCCGUGGGUGAGUUGGGCGUGUGUGAGGACGCGAGGGCGGGACAGUUUGAGUGGGUGUGGCCGUGGGAGGGAGGAGAGAGGACGUGAAGGGCGCAGGCGUAGCGAUCGGAAUGCCAUGCUUCCUCUCCUCCUCGUCGCCAGGCGUAGCGAUCGGAAUGCCAUGCUUCCUCUCCUCCUCGUCGCCAGGCGUAGCGAUCGGAAUGCCAUGCUUCCUCUCCUCCUCGUCGCCAGGCGUAGCGAUCGGAAUGCCAUGCUUCCUCUCCUCCUCGUCGCCAGGCGUAGCGAUCGGAAUGCCAUGCUUCCUCUCCUCCUCGUCGCCAGGCGUAGCGAUCGGAAUGCCAUGCUUCCUCUCCUCCUCGUCGCCAGGCGUAGCGAUCGGAAUGCCAUGCUUCCUCUCCUCCUCGUCGCCAGGCGUAGCGAUCGGAAUGCCAUGCUUCCUCUCCUCCUCGUCGCCAGGCGUAGCGAUCGGAAUGCCAUGCUUCCUCUCCUCCUCGUCGCCAGGCGUAGCGAUCGGAAUGCCAUGCUUCCUCUCCUCCUCGUCGCCAGGCGUAGCGAUCGGAAUGCCAUGCUUCCUCUCCUCCUCGUCGCCAGGCGUAGCGAUCGGAAUGCCAUGCUUCCUCUCCUCCUCGUCGCCAGGCGUAGCGAUCGGAAUGCCAUGCUUCCUCUCCUCCUCGUCGCCAGGCGUAGCGAUCGGAAUGCCAUGCUUCCUCUCCUCCUCGUCGCCAGGCGUAGCGAUCGGAAUGCCAUGCUUCCUCUCCUCCUCGUCGCCAGGCGUAGCGAUCGGAAUGCCAUGCUUCCUCUCCUCCUCGUCGCCAGGCGUAGCGAUCGGAAUGCCAUGCUUCCUCUCCUCCUCGUCGCCAGGCGUAGCGAUCGGAAUGCCAUGCUUCCUCUCCUCCUCGUCGCCAGGCGUAGCGAUCGGAAUGCCAUGCUUCCUCUCCUCCUCGUCGCCAGGCGUAGCGAUCGGAAUGCCAUGCUUCCUCUCCUCCUCGUCGCCAGGCGUAGCGAUCGGAAUGCCAUGCUUCCUCUCCUCCUCGUCGCCAGGCGUAGCGAUCGGAAUGCCAUGCUUCCUCUCCUCCUCGUCGCCAGGCGUAGCGAUCGGAAUGCCAUGCUUCCUCUCCUCCUCGUCGCCAGGCGUAGCGAUCGGAAUGCCAUGCUUCCUCUCCUCCUCGUCGCCAGGCGUAGCGAUCGGAAUGCCAUGCUUCCUCUCCUCCUCGUCGCCAGGCGUAGCGAUCGGAAUGCCAUGCUUCCUCUCCUCCUCGUCGCCAGGCGUAGCGAUCGGAAUGCCAUGCUUCCUCUCCUCCUCGUCGCCAGGCGUAGCGAUCGGAAUGCCAUGCUUCCUCUCCUCCUCGUCGCCAGGCGUAGCGAUCGGAAUGCCAUGCUUCCUCUCCUCCUCGUCGCCAGGCGUAGCGAUCGGAAUGCCAUGCUUCCUCUCCUCCUCGUCGCCAGGCGUAGCGAUCGGAAUGCCAUGCUUCCUCUCCUCCUCGUCGCCAGGCGUAGCGAUCGGAAUGCCAUGCUUCCUCUCCUCCUCGUCGCCAGGCGUAGCGAUCGGAAUGCCAUGCUUCCUCUCCUCCUCGUCGCCAGGCGUAGCGAUCGGAAUGCCAUGCUUCCUCUCCUCCUCGUCGCCAGGCGUAGCGAUCGGAAUGCCAUGCUUCCUCUCCUCCUCGUCGCCAGGCGUAGCGAUCGGAAUGCCAUGCUUCCUCUCCUCCUCGUCGCCAGGCGUAGCGAUCGGAAUGCCAUGCUUCCUCUCCUCCUCGUCGCCUUCCCCUUCUCCCCCCUCCCGUUCCUGCCUUCUCACCCCUUUCCCGUCACCCGCUGUCUCUUCCCCACCCCGCCUGUCACCCCUCCCCACACUCACCUUGCUCCUGUGCUCGCAUGGCACCGCGUGGCCAAUGGCCGCCACAAGCACCGGGGCGCGCUGUCCCUGGCGGGGGCGCCGAGCAGCAAGGCGGACGUGCUGCGGCGCCGCCUGCACCUGCUGCUGGCGCGCACUGCCCGCCACCGCCGCUUCGCCGUGCCGCUGCUGCCUCUGGGCUCCGCGCAGCAGCAGCAGGAGCAGUACACCGAGCUAACGCCAGUGCAGGCGCUGGUGGGCGGCACAGCGGCGUCGCAGCAGAGGCGGCAUCACGUGGUGGGCGUGGUGGCACAGCUGGAGGACGGCCGCUUCUUCCUUGAAGACCUCUCCGCCUCGCUGCCGCUCGACCUGACCCAUGCCAUAUCCGCCCUCCCCUCCCUCCCUCCACUCUCACCACACUCACUUCCGGACGUGGCCUCGCUGGAGUUCCCCCCGGUGGAGCCACGGGAGGAGGCGCUGUCCCUGGCGGAGGGGCUGGACCUGUUCGGCGCCGGGCCCAUCGACGCCCACCGCUACGCGUGGGUGCAGCAGCGCGAGGCAGAGGGAGUGGCGGAGGGGCACAUGUUCAUCGUCAUGGCGGACAUUGCCCUGCAUGACCCCCAGACCCUAUCGCGCCUGGCCACGGUGCUGGGGGCGUACAACGCCCUGGACGAGCCACCGCGCCUCUUUCUGCUCAUUGGGGACUUCUGCUCCCCGCCCUCCGCCCUCGCUUCCCCGCACCUGCACGCUCACAGGGAGGCCUUCUCACAGCUGGCGAGGGUGAUAGGCGCGCACCGCCGCCUCAAGGACAAGUCGCUCUUCGUCUUUGUGCCUGGCCAGGCCGACCCAGGCCCAUGCGCGGUGCUGCCACGGCCCGCGCUGCCGCGCUUCUUCAUAGAACCCAUCACUGACGCCCUCCCCUCUGCUGUCUUCUCCUCCAACCCCUCGCGCCUCAAGUUCUAUGCGCAGGAGCUGGUGGUGCUCAGGGCGGACCUGCAGCGCCGCAUGCAGCGCUGCGCCGUGCUGCCACCACGCAAAGACACCGCCGACCCCUUCACCCAUGUGGCGACCACGGUGGUGCACCAGGCGCAUCUGAGCCCGCUGCCUCUGGCCGCCCAGCCCGUGUUCUGGGACUAUGACUUCACUCUGCACCUCUUCCCCGCUCCCCACGUGCUAAUUCUGGCAGACUCAUCAGGGCAGAGCAGCGCUGUGGUGAAUGGCGUCACGUGCAUCAACCCCGGCUCCUUCUCCCUCGAUGGCACCUUCACUGCCUACUACCCAGCCUCACGCACAGUAGAGCACUGUAAUGUGUGA